CUUUUAAGGCGAAGACGUGUUUUAGGUAACGUUGCAUUUAGGUUCAGGUGAAGGAUACAAGGUUCGGAUUGGGGCAAGUAUUCAUCCAAGAGACACAAGCGUUCACCGCUCCCCUAUGGGCACACACAUGCACACGCCAGCAUGAGACAAAAGACACAUAUCCUCUGCAUGUGACCAUCCAUCUCUAGGAGCAGCUGAGCUUCACAUCCUCCCCAGGAUUCCCUCGACCAGAGAGGCAACAUCCUCUGGCGGCGGCUGAGGGGAAGCUGGCCUCACUGAGAGUGUGCGCUCUGCAACAGGUUUCUCUUGGGAUGGUCUUCUAGGUCCACUCGUCCCUGCCUGAGCCGAGGAUUUGCCAGCGGACCUGAGGGGAGAGGUGUAAUAUUUUUCGUCCGUCUCUCCUGGCGAAAGUGGGAAAGGAACAGAAUCACUUUCUUGAAGAAAAAAAAAAAAAGGGCCCGAGAACAAGAGGGAACAAUGAUGGAGCUGACGAUCCAACUGAUCCCGACAGGGGAAAUCAUCUUUUCUCCAGGGAAAAAUGGAGACUACUGCCACAGCUGCAAGGUGGUGGCUAGUGACGGGGUGCGGGCUAUGAUGGAGUCGGCCCUGACAGCCAGAGACCGGGUGGGCGUGCAGGACUUUGUCCUGCUGGAGAACUACACCAGCGAGGCCGCCUUCAUAGAGAACCUGCGCAAGCGCUUCAAGGAGAACCUCAUCUAUACCUACAUUGGUUCGGUGCUGGUGUCUGUCAACCCAUACAAAGACCUGGAGAUCUACACCAAGAACCACAUGGAGCGAUACCGCGGGGUCAACUUCUACGAGGUCUCACCACAUAUCUACGCAGUGGCAGACAACUCGUACCGCUCCAUGAGGACGGAGAGGAAGGACCAGUGCAUCCUGAUCUCCGGGGAGAGCGGGGCCGGGAAGACGGAGGCGUCCAAGAAGAUCCUGCAGUACUAUGCCAUCACCUGUCCGGCCAGCGAGCAGGUGCAGACCAUCAAGGACCGGCUGCUGCAGUCCAACCCAGUGCUGGAGGCCUUUGGCAAUGCCAAGACGUUGCGUAACGACAACUCGAGCCGCUUUGGCAAGUACAUGGACGUUCAGUUUGACUUCAAGGGCGCCCCGGUGGGGGGUCACAUCAUCAACUACCUGCUGGAGAAGUCCCGCGUGGUCCACCAGAACCACGGAGAGAGGAACUUCCACAUUUUCUAUCAGAUGAUUGAGGGCGGCGAGGAGGACCUGCUGAGACGCAUGGGCCUGGAGAGGAACCCGCAGCAGUACCAGUACCUGGUCAAAGGUAACUGUCCCAAAGUGAGCUCCAUCAAUGACCGCAGUGAUUGGAAGAUGGUGAGGAAAGCCUUGAGUGUGAUUGGCUUCAACGAGGACGACGUGGAGGAGUUGUUGAACAUAAUCGCCAGCGUGCUCCACCUGGGAAAUGUGCAGUACGGCGGGGAGGAGGGCAACGCCUGCAUCACCUCUGACACACAGAUAAAGUACCUGUCCAGGUUGUUAGGGGUGAAUGGGACAGUGCUGACAGAGGCACUCACACACAAGAAGAUAAUUGCCAAGGGAGAGGAGCUGAUGAGCCCACUGAACCUAGAGCAGGCGUCAUCAGCUCGGGAUGCUCUGUCCAAGGCGGUGUACGGACGCACCUUCACCUGGCUGGUUAACAAGAUCAAUGCCUCACUGGCAUACAAGGAUGACUCCUACAAGAAUUGCUCUGUCAUCGGUCUACUGGACAUCUACGGCUUUGAGGUCUUCCAGCACAACAGCUUUGAGCAGUUCUGCAUCAACUACUGUAACGAGAAACUGCAGCAGCUCUUCAUUGAGCUCACCCUGAAGUCGGAGCAGGAGGAGUACGAGGCCGAGGGCAUCACGUGGGAGCCGGUGCAGUACUUCAACAACAAGAUCAUCUGUGACCUGGUGGAGGAGAAGUUCAAAGGCAUCAUCUCCAUUCUGGACGAGGAGUGUCUGAGGCCCGGAGACGCCAGUGACAUCACCUUCCUAGAGAAGCUGGAGGACACUGUGGGAGGACACGCACACUUUGUCACUCACAAGCUGGCUGAUGCAAAGACCCGGAAGGUGAUGGGUCGUGAUGAAUUCAGACUGCUGCAUUACGCUGGAGAAGUCAACUACAAUGUUAACGGAUUUUUGGACAAGAACAACGACCUGCUCUUCAGGAACUUAAAAGAGGUCAUGUGUAUGUCGGAGAACAAGAUCCUGAACCAGUGUUUUGACAGAGAGGAGCUGAGCGACAAGAAACGUCCCGACACGGCAGCCACCCAGUUCAAAGCCAGUCUGGCGAAACUAAUGGAGAUCCUCAUGUCCAAGGAGCCGUCGUACGUCCGCUGCAUCAAGCCCAAUGACUCCAAGCAAGCAGCUCGAUUCGACGAGGUGCUGGUCCGUCACCAGGUCAAGUACCUGGGACUGAUGGAGAAUCUGAGGGUGAGGAGAGCCGGCUUCGCUUACAGGCGACGCUACGAGGUCUUCCUGCAGAGGUACAAGUCCCUGUGUCCAGACACGUGGCCAAACUGGCAGGGGAAACUGGCCGACGGAGUGGCCACACUGGUCAAACAUCUGGGAUACAAGCCGGAGGAGUACAAACUGGGCAGAUCCAAAAUCUUCAUCCGUUUUCCCAAGACCUUGUUUUCCACCGAGGACGCACUGGAGACCAGGAAACACGGUCUUGCCACCAAGCUACAGGCGGGAUGGAGAGGCUACAGCCAAAAGUCCAAGUAUCUAAAGCUCCGAACCGCAGCUAUUGCCAUCCAGGCGUGGUGGAGGGGAGUCCUGGCCAGGAGGAGGGCCCAGCGCAGGCGUAAGGCUGCGGACACUAUUCGCAGGUUCAUCAAGGGCUUCAUUUACCGCCACAAGGAUCGCUGUCCGGAGAACGAGUAUUUCCUGGACUACGUCCGCUACUCGUUCCUCAUGAAGCUGCACAGGAACCUGCCCAAGAGCGUCCUGGACAAGAGCUGGCCGACGCCUCCGGCCGCUCUCACUGAGGCAUCGGAGCAUUUGCGUAAGCUGUGCAUGCAGAACAUGGUGUGGAGCUACUGCAAGAAGAUCAGCCCCGAGUGGAAGCACCAGUUGGAGCAGAAGAUGAUCGCCAGUGAGAUCUUCAAGGACAAGAAGGACAACUACCCACAAAGCGUGCCCAAACUGUUUGUCAGCACGAGACUCAAUGGCGAGGACAUCAACCCCAAGGUGCUGCAGGCUCUGGGCAGUGAGAAGAUGAAGUACGCAGUGUCAGUCACCAAGUACGACAGGAAAGGCUACAAAGCUCGACCUCGCCAGCUGCUCCUCACCGGCAACAGCGCCGUCAUCAUAGAGGAGGCCAAACUCAAGCAGCGCAUCGACUACGGAGCUCUGAAAGGGAUCUCAGUCAGCUCGCUCAGCGACGGCUUGUUUGUUCUGCACGUGCCCAGUGACGACAACAAACAGAAGGGAGACGUCGUUCUGCAGAGUGACCAUGUGAUUGAGACCUUGACCAAGAUUGCAAUCUGUGCCGACAAAGUCAACAGCAUCAACAUCAACCAGGGCAGUAUAAAGUUUACACUGGGUCAGGGGAAAGAAGGGAUCAUAGACUUCACCCCCGGAUCAGAACUACUGGUGGCCAAGGCCAAGAACGGACACUUGUCUGUGACGGCUCCCAGACUCAACUCCAGAUGAUGGCCACUCUGCGCACACACACACACACACACACACACACACACACACACACACACACACACACUCCUCUGACCUCUCCCAUCCUCCAAUCACAUGACUGCAGACGCCGCUCUGCCUAAGCCAAUCCGAUGCCAGCCGUCACUGCGCAGGUGGCAUGUGCUUCCAAAUAUUAAAAAAAGAAGAAAAAAAAAAGAAAUCCAGCAAAACUAAUUGAUAUAUUUAUGUUUAUAUAUUAUAUUUUUGGGAUUAAUACUGUUGUUGUUUUGAAUAUUCUGAUUUUAUAUAUGAGGCCAAGGAAUAACAUGUUUUGGUGCGUUUUUCUUGCACCGCGCGUGUUUAUCGUGCUUUAUUUCGGAACAUGACCAAGAGAGCGACGGGGGAAGAGUCAGAGUUCAAGACGACGACGACGACGACGAGAUUGUUGUUGAUGAAAAAUCAGGGUUGGUUGUUGCCUGUUGCCUCUUUGUUUUUGUUUUUCUGUUUGCUUUUUUCCUGCUUGACCAGAAGACGUGAUUGUCUUUGCUGACCCUACUUCGCCAACUGGGGCCGAUGACUUGCUAUAGAAGCAUGGAGGUGUGUAGAACAAGGCUGACCGUAUGUAGGAAGGAUGUGGAGAGGUUCGGGGAUAGCGGGGAAUGACAUUUCAAUCGAAUGGUGACGCUUUGACCCAAAAAACAGGCUUUCAAGGGCCAGACUGGCUCACUGACUCACAGGAUCUACUACUGAUUAUAUUUCAAAUGAUCUGUAUUUGUAUAGAGGAAAGCUGACCGAUUCACCACACAAAAUAAUCGGCAUGUUCCGCAAACACUGCAAAAAAUAUGAACAAAGCAAGUGAGGAGGUGUGUGAGAGGACGGGUGAAAAGAGGGACGGAAGAACGCAGCAGUCAUUUGCCACCACAACAGGUGCUUGUGCGUCGAUAGAAAGUCGUCGGCCUCCGACUGAAGGUUGUACUGCCCUGCGACCGGACUCUUCCCUGGUGCAGAACCACAUGACAUGUUCUGACAGCGUCUCUCUGUCGAGUGGACUACGUCAUCUUCCCAUGAUCCUCUCUGCGUCGCUGGCCACCUACUUGACCUGACCUGACCUGACCUGACCUGCUUUUACCUUAGCUGUGACUGGACGGGCGUGAUGGCUACCUCUGACUCGGUUCGGACCAAUGUUUUCCACUAAAAUUCACCAAAGGCCAUCAUUAACUUUGUUAGUAUGGAGUGUUUCUCUCACUUUUUACUAUCAUAUUUUAAUUUUUUUUUUCCUUCUUACAACUGUAUGCCUAUGCGACAGAGUUGAGACCACAACUCGAGACUAAGACUCACAGUCCGAGACCGUUGAAAAUCUGGAUUUAGUGAAAAGUGCUAGCGAAGGCUGAAGACCUUUUUUGUUUAGAUUGAAGCAACGAACAUCCGUGUGGCUUCAUAUAUGACGUCUCUAAAUGGGAACUCUUCAAAAAGACACUUUUUGGCUUUCUUGCUGAGAGUUAGAUGUGAAAGAUUGAUACCAAUCUUGUGUCUGUACGCCAAGUAUGAAGAUCCACACAGUUUUAGAUUUCGUACACAUUCAACGAUAUUCAGUUUGUAGAAUAAUUAAGAGCCUUAAUGUGUGAUAAGAAUAUAUUAAUCAGUGCGCUUUAGACAUGCAAAGCAGAAUUUAUUGCCUUGCCAGCUCCAUACCCAGUUCUAGACAUGUGAAUCGUAUGAAGAUUUUUUUUACUUUGAUCCAUUCAGGCCUGGAAAAAACAUAAAAAUAGCAUCAAACUCAUCAGGCAACACGAAAAAGAGUCUUCAUUUAAAUUAAAAACAGAAUAUUUACGCAAUAAAUGAAUCAAACGAAAUAUCAAGUAAAAGCUUCGGACUGACCGGUUCUACUAUAAACAUAUAUAUAUAUAUAUAUAUAUAUAUAUAUAUGAACCUCCGACCCUUGACCUCAAACAAGUCUACCGGUGAGACCAAAGACAGACGGUGAGGAAGUUGUGUUGUUGAAAACGUUUCUUUCUGUCCAGACCUCGCUCAAUGACGGAACUUUUCCCUCGGCGCGGCUCUGGGCGGCGAGGCAGUGCAAUAUGCCGAGGCAGGACUGUGCUUCUGCACUUAAAAACUAUACUAGCCAAAGACCCUGUUGAUUUAUACUGAUCCUGUGUAUGAUUUAUAUGAUAUUAUUAUGAUUGUUAUGUUGUUUUUUUUCCAGGAGGGGAGAUGUGUGUUUGUACAGUUUGUGUUCUGUGUCAUAAAUGAGGAGAUUUGAGCCGAGCGAGCUUUGACGACGCGGAACCUUUUGGAGAGAAGAAGCUUUUGGUGUUGUUUUGUUAACGUGUUCACGUGCCUUGUUGGAUAGCAACACAACACAUGUUGUGUGAAAAAUAAAAGAAAUACCUCUUUGACAGAGUACAGGCGACGGCUAGCGAAGGGUUGUUUCUGAACGUUUCCCAGCAGCAUCUAAAAGGUUUUGCUUCCUCUGCGUGUAUAAGCUUUAUUCGAACCAAACUCUGAGUUUGUCUGUUGAUUUACAGUUGCACUCCUGUUGUCAGUCCUGACUUACUGUACGCACCAAACCAAUGUAUAAUUACGCCAGCACACUAAAAAAGAAUAAGAUACUAAAGAUUUGAAAAUAAAUAAAUUUGAAAAAUAAAUGCAAAACCGAC